AUGUGCGGAUUGACAGCAUUUCUUGCUCUCAGCGGGGGCCCCAACUGUCCAGGUUCAGAAGAUGCUUCCAAAGAAGCUCCAGAUCUGAGAUCGCAGGUAGGAGAGAGUCUGGAUCUGAUCAAACACCGAGGUCCCGACGCGCGAGGACACUGGUUCAGCGGCGACAGGCGCGUGGGUCUCGGCCACGUCCGCCUCUCCAUCAUCGACCUCAGCCCAGCAGGAAACCAACCAUUUCACAACACCGACGACACCAUCCACGCCGUCGUAAACGGCGAGCUCUACGACGACGAGCGGAUCCGGACCGAAUUGGCAACGGAAUACAAGUUCAAAAGCCAGUGUGACUGUGAAGUCGUCAUCGCGCUAUAUCAGCGCUACGGGGAGUCUUUCCUGUCGCAUUUGCGGGGCGAAUUCGCCCUGGUGCUAUGGGAUGCAAAGCGGAAACUGUUCAUCGCAGCCCGGGAUCGGUAUGGGAUUAAGUCGCUUUACUAUACAGUCGUAGAUGGGCGAUUGCUGGUCGCGACUGAGAUGAAGUCUUUCUUGCCUUUUGGGUGGAGGCCGGAGUGGGAUGUUGUGAGUCUUCAGGAAAAGGGGUGGAUGUAUGGGCCUGGGAUGUUUUUUAAGGGUGUGUACAGGGUUAGACCUGGGCAGUAUCUCGUUAGUCGGGGGUUUAAUGAGGGUGAAGUCAGGACAUAUUGGGAUCUCGACUAUCCCUGCAAACAUGACGCUUACCCCGAAUCCGAAGCCGAUACAGUAGCCAGAGUGCGAGAGCUGUUACUGGAAUCAGUACAGCUGCGACUCCGAGCAGAUGUGGGCGUGGGAGUGUUCCUGAGCGGAGGACUAGACUCGUCCGCCAUCGCAGGAAUGACCGCCCAUAUAAUGCAGCAAGGAGAAAGCCUGGGAGACGAUUCGAGCGGGAAUAUUUCACGAUUAAGCUGCUUCACGGUCCAAUUUGACAAGGACAGCGGUUUCGACGAGUCAGACAUCGCACAACGUACAGCACAAUGGCUCGGUGUAGACUUCCGCCCCGUCCACCUAGACGAAGAGACCAUCGCCUCCCGACUCGAAGACACAGUCUGGCACACCGAAACACCCAUCCCCGACGUCAACGGAAUGGGGCGACUAGCACUCGCCGAGGCGGCCCACGCAGCAGGAAAGCGAGUGAUUCUCACCGGCGAAGGCUCCGACGAGCACUUCGCCGGCUACGGGGAUUUCCUAUGGAGCUACCUCCUCGAACCAGAUUACUCCUGGGCCUCAACCUCAGCCUCAGACGCCGCCAUCUCCCAAACGACAGAAAUGUGGAAAGCCGCCGACGAGAUGGUCGCCCGGGGCGUCGCCGGUACGGUAAUCAAAUCCACCGACGCCAACGCCGCCGAAAAGCUCAACCAGAGCUCCAUAUUCCCCCGAAUAGAAUGGGUAUACCAAAUCCCCUUCGCGGAGUGGACAUACAAACCCAAGCCCAAACCCAAGCCCAACUCCAAUUCCAAUUCCAAUGCCACCACCACCCCCAGCGCCCCAGAAACCUCCUUCGCCGAAAGCUUCAGCUCCAAAGUCCUCGCAAACAUAACCCAAAAAUGGCACCCACUAAACUCCUCCCAAUACCAAUGGACCAAGUCCGUCCUAGCCAACUACAUCCUGCGGUACCUAGGCGACAACAUCGACAUGGUCUAUCAGAUCGAGACACGAACACCCUUCCUGGACCACCAUCUAACCAAAUACGUGAACACAAUCCCUCCCAGCCUGAAGAUAAAAUACGACCCUGUGAAGAGAAACUUCCGCGAAAAGUAUAUCCUGCGUGAGGCGAUGAGGCCGUUUAUUACGGACGAGGUGUAUGAGCGGAUGAAACAGCCUUAUAUUGGGCCUACGCGGUAUAGGAAGGGUGGGGCGGUGCAUGGGAUCCUUGAGCGGUUGGUGACGGAGAGGAAUGUUCAGGGAUUGGGGUUUUUGGAUUGGCCAAGGGUGAGGGAGAAUUUGGUGAAGGCGUUUGGGGAUGGGAAUGGGGAUGGGGAUGGGGAUCCGGUGUAUUUUCGGAGUUCGUUGGUGGUGGCGCAGUUGGUUGUUUUGGGGAGGAGAUUUGGUGUGAAAACAGUGGAGGGUUUUGAAAAGGAGGAGGAGGAGGAGGAGGGGGGGGUGACGAGUCGACUGAGAGGUUGUUUAUAA